AACAAGGGCACGAGCAUAGAUCGCAUCAAGAAAACGCUCGUGGCAAACGCGUGGGCGGCAGCUACCCGCGUGGUCUCGCGCACCAGGCACCUGCAGGAGUCUGCGCUGUCGCACGAGAGGCAGAUCGCCACGGAGACUUGUGCUGAUGACAGCCAGUUUGAGAUUGGGCCUUUCUAUGGGCUUCCCACGAAGGUGCACAGCCUUCUGCAACAACAGCGUGGCAUUAAAGAGCUCUACGCCUGGCAGCACGACUGCUUGUCCCUGGACUCCGUGAGACGAGGGAAGAAUCUGAUUUACUCUUUACCGACAAGUGGCGGCAAGACGCUCGUGGCAGAGAUCCUCAUGCUGAGGCAGCUGCUCUGCAAGAGAACGGACGCUCUGCUCAUUCUUCCCUACGUUGCCAUCGUCCAGGAGAAGGUGCGGAGCCUGUCUGUGUUUGGUGUGGAGCUUGAAAUCUUCAUAGAGGAAUACGCGGGAAGCAAGGGGCGCAUGCCACCGCGAAAACACCGAAAGAAGAAUUCUCUCUACAUCGCCACCAUUGAGAAAGCCCACAGCCUGGUCAACGCCCUUCUAGGAGGGCGCAUGAAGGAGAUUGGCCUGAUCGUUGUGGAUGAGCUGCACAUGUUGGGCGAAGGUGGCAGCCGUGGGGCCACCCUGGAGCAGACGCUGGCCAAGGUUCAGUAUGCGUCAAAAACAACUCAGGUCAUCGGUAUGAGUGCCACUCUGAGCAACAUCAAGGACUUGCAAAAAUUCCUGAAUGCGGAGUUGUACACUAACGAUUUUCGACCGGUCCAGUUAAGAGAGUACAUUAAGCUUGGAGACUCUAUCUACGAGGUAAACAACAAGGCUCGGUGUCCAGAAGAAAGCUUCAGUUUUAUCCGACUGCUCAGUCACAAGUACUCAAGCGCAAUGCUGAAGACGGACCCAGACCACAUCGUGGCUCUGGUCACGGAAGUCAUCCCCGCUCACUCCUGUCUCGUCUUCUGCCCCACGAAGAAGAACUGCGAGAAUGUGGCAGAGAUGAUCUGCAAGUACCUGGCAAAGACGUUCCUGCGUCACCGGCAGGAGAAACAUGCGCUGCUCGCCGAGCUGCGGGCCGACGGGGAGCUGUGUCCCGUGCUGCGGCACACGGUCCCCUACGGCCUGGCCUACCACCACGGCGGCCUCACGGGCGAGGAGCGCCGCCUCAUCGAGGAGGCCUACUUUGGCGGCACGCUCUGCCUGCUGGCGUGCACCUCCACGCUGGCGGCCGGCGUCAAUCUACCGGCACGCAGGGUGAUCCUCCGCUCCCCCUACAUCGGCAAUUCCUUCCUAAGCCGAAGCCAGUACAAGCAGAUGGUGGGCCGUGCCGGGCGGGCGGGGAUAGACGCGUCGGGAGAGAGCAUCACCAUCGUCAACAGCAGGGACAAGCCCAAGGUGGUGACGCUACUUGUGGAUGGACCAUUUGAAGUUUGCCAGAGUAGCCUGGCACAUGCAGAUGGAAAAGGAGUUCAAAGCCUACUCCUGUCACUCAUUGGCUUGAAG